CUGAGCUCGCAGACCCCAUGCCGAAGAACCCGUCCUCCAACGGAGCUAUGGACGUCACGAGCCCGAAGCGGGCCCGCACGCAGGGCGGCGCGAGCGCCAAGGGCAAGAAGGUCCUCAUCUCGGACCCGAUCGAGCAGGUGUGCGUGGACAUCCUGCAAAAGGCGGGCGUCGUGGUCGAUUGCAAGUCCAAGGUCCCGCCCGCCGAGCUCAAGAAGAUCAUCGGCGAGUACGACGGCCUGAUCGUCCGCUCAGGCACCACCGUCACGGCGGAGAUCAUCGAGUCGGCGCACAAGAUGACGGCGAUCGGGCGGGCGGGGACGGGCGUCGACAACAUCGACUGCGUCGCCGCCACCAAGAAGGGCAUCAUCGUCAUGAACACGCCCGGCGGCAACACCGUCUCCGCCGCUGAGCACACGUGCGCCCUCAUCGCCUCGCUCGCUCGCAACGUUGCGCAGGGCGACGCGUCGAUGAAGGCGCGCAAGUGGGACCGGAAGAAGUACAUGGGCGUCGAGCUCUCCGGCAAGACGCUCGGCGUGCUCGGCCUCGGCCGCGUCGGCCGCGAGGCGACCUCCUCCUCCUUCUCCUGUCCUCUUCUCCUCUUCUCUUCGUCGCCUCCUUCUCCUCCUCCUGUGAUCUCUCGCAUGCAGUCGUACGGGAUGGAUGUCAUCGGGUACGACCCCUUCUUCCCUCCCGACGCCUCGCGCAAGCUCAACAUCGAGCCGGUCUCCGCCGCCGACUGCAUGGCGCGCGCCGACUUCCUCACCGUCCACGUGCCGCUGCUCGACGACACAAAGGACAUGAUCAACAAGACGUCGAUCGCGACGAUGAAGCCGGGUGUGCGCAUCAUCAACUGCGCGCGCGGCGGCAUCAUCAACGAGGCGGACCUGCUCGCCGCGCUGCAGUCGGGCCACGUCGCCGGCGCCGCGGUUGACGUGUUCGAGUCGGAGCCGCCGGCGGAGCACGAGUGGGCGCUGAUUGAGCACCCCAAGCUUGUCGCGACGCCGCACCUCGGCGCGUCCACGCUCGAGGCGCAGGGCGCCUCGACGCUCGAGGCGCAGGGCAAGGUCGCCGAGGAGAUCGCAAACUCGCUCGUCGCCGCCUUUGCCGAGCAGCCGGUCGUCGGCGUCGUCAACGCGCCCAACCUGACCCUCUCGCAGAAGCCGGAGCUGAAGCCGUGGACGGCGCUUGCAACGUCCCUCGGCAAGCUGCUCGCGCAGGUCAACAAGGCGGCGGUCACCUCGCUGCAGGUGCAGGUGUCGGGCAAGGUGGAGAAGGCGGGCGAGCUGUGCGCGGCCGCGGCGCUGGUCGGCCUCUUCGACCAGUCCGGCGCGCGCGACGAGACGGGCGCGGCGAUCAACCUGAUCUCGGCGCCUGCCUUCGCGGCCGAGCGGGAGAUGAAGGUGACGACGCAGGAGGUGGAGGGCGGCGUCUUCUCUUCGCUGCUCAAGCUGACGGUCACCACGCCCAAGGGCAGCCACGUCAUCGCCGGCACCGGACUAGCCGCGAUCGGCCCGAGAUCACAGCCGAUCCCUCCAAGGGGAGCCGCGCCCUCGCCGGCGCGCACGGUGUUCGGCUCGAGCCAGCGCGUGGUCGAGUUCGAGGGCCACAAGCUCGAGUUCGAGCCAAAGGGCUACAUGCUCGUCUACAAGUCGAUCGACAAGCCCGGCGUGCUCUCGCGCGCGUGCGUGGUCUCGCACGGCGACGCCCAGGGCGCCGUCGUCAACGUGAUGGCCAUCGACCGCAAGGUCGAGGCCGCCGUCCUCUCCAAGGCCGCCGAGCUGGCGGACGUGUCGCAGGUCCACUGCCUUCACAUCGGCUGAGCGGGGGCGGGAUGGCGGGGUUGCGCGGCGGCGGGGUGGUGGGGGCGGCAGGCCAGCUAGCUGGCGGUGCAGGCCGGGCAUGCCCUCCUCCUCCUCGCCGCUUCGCCUCUGUUCUCGUCCGCAUGGUGGUGCGGUGAAUAGUCGAGGUCUCUGAAGGUAAAUUAUGUGGCAUGUCGCAUGUGGUCAUCAGCGAGCCUUGGUGUGUGCUCAGCUCUGCUCAGCCACAGGCUACUCUCGUGUAAUGGACGAGUUCGUCGGUGGGAGGUGCCGAACCUCUGGGCCGGCGCGGGGGCCCCCGGAGGCACCGUGCGCCGCGCCGCAGUGCGCAAGCCUGUUCAUGAUUACAAUAGUAUUCAAGUAUUGUACUCAU